AUGUCCACGCGUUCUCCGGAACAGAUAGCUGCUAAAGAUUGUCCGACGUGCCAACGGCGCCGCAUCAAGUGUGAUCGGGGACUACCGACGUGCCGCAAAUGCGGCAAACGCAAUCUUGAAUGCCCAGGCUACGGGCUCCGACUCAAAUGGGUCCAGGGAGUCGCCAGCCGGGGUAAUCUGCGCGGCAGGGCAGUCCCCUCUUCACCGUCCUCAGUGGAAGGGCGAGUGAGCAGGGAACCAACUGCCGCCAAUGGGCACAGUCGCCUUGCGCCGCAUUUCCCACCGCUGUUUCCAACGCCCACCUCCGAGCUGGGCUUGUCGCAGGGUCGACCGGUGCAUGUCUCGCGGUUGCUUGCGUGGUUCAAUGAGCGAGUCGCUCAUCGACUGGCGUGGGUUCCCCAGCAGAACGCAUGGCGACACAUGAUUCUCCCGAUGGCGGAGAGCUCGGAAACCGUCAUGUCGUCGAUUCUGACUAUCGCCGCCAAUGAUCUGGCAACCGAGUACGCUCCCACAGACCUGGGUCACGGCACAUUCCAGCAGAUGUCCAAGAAUUAUCAAAAUCGAUCACUCGCGUUGUUGGCACAGGAGCUGAAUGGCCUGUCCAUCUCUCCCGCUUCACCGCGGCAGACCAAUACCACGUCAGCCUACACCUUGGCCGCUGUCAUAAUUCUCUGCAACAACGAAUUUAUGAAGCCCCAAACGGCCGGGUGGAAAGUUCACCUCUCGGCCGCAAGAGAAAUCAUCUUAGCGGCCAAGGGGCGGCCAAACCGCGCCCACCAUCUGGCCUCUAUUGAAGAGUUCCUCAUGUUGGAAUUCUACGAAGCCUCCGUAUGGGCUGAUCUGACCACUUUCCAAAACUACAAUGAUACACCCAGGGUACCCCCCACUGGUGCCGAGAACGCAGUCUUCACUGAUUAUGUCCGCAUCAUCGAUCAAAUCACCCGACUAGAGCGUCGCAAGUCUCAUCCCAAACCAGUCGACCAGGCCCCGCCAAAGUGCGGCCCAAUCCAGGACAUCCACUCGCAGAUCGAUGCAGCUAGAGAUAACAUGAUGCAGCUGAGUGGUUCAAUUCACUUCUCGUCCGAGGAAGACCAACGAGGCUUCGAAUUGGUCAUUUGGAUGUAUUACCACGCAACCAUCAUCUACAGCUACCAGGCCCUCGGAGAGGAUUCUGCUACAUACGACAUCACCACGUCUCGAGAUGAGAUACUACGGUGGGUACUGUUUCUGUCGGAGACUCGAGACGGCAUGUUUGCACAGGAUCUCGUCUGGCCGCUUUUCACCGCGGGAUCCGAACUGCGUGGCGACCCGGCCGGGCAACAGCUCAUUCGAGAAUGUUUCGGUAACGUGAUGCGCAUCAGUCGGAUUCUGGAUCGUGCGCGUGUAUUGGCAUUCUUGGAGAGAUGGUGGAAUGAGCCUCAUACGUCCGCGUCUUGGAUUGACAUGGCUCGAAAGCAGUCGCAGGAUCCACAGUACGAUAUUUUGGUUGUAUGA